UCGUUAGUUACCUCUGUAAUACGGAUAGUUCGGGCUGCGUAACCCCUGGUCUAGGUUACUUACAGCAAUUCACUUAAACCCCGUACCAGGCUACCCGUGAGGGGCACGCCGACAAAUAACCCACCCACGAGCAGCAAACAGCCCGGUAGAAUUGCAUGGGAUUCUCUCUGAGAUAUGUUUCGUCCCAUCUCUCCAGCUCGUCCCUCCUCCAAUUCGCUUCUAAGGCGUCCAGGUCCAGCAAACCCCCGACUCCUGUUCCGCGCGCUGUGACGGGCCUGCAAUCUGCAAUCUCAGGGUUUUGGAACCGGUGGUCCCUCCGACCCUGGGCUUGCUCGCCACUCUUGCGACAGGACUCGUGGUUGCGCGCUGCCCUGCUUUGUGCUGUCGCGUCGUGUCCGUCUGCUGGGUCCCAUGUUACGGCUUGAAGGUUUGCCAUCCAGUGUUUCCCGCUAGGUUGAGCUCCCCGCACCGCACCGCACCACAGCACAGCAGAUUGCACGCGCAUCACACCUGGCCCCAGGCCAGUCAGACGC